AUGUCUGAUUCGAUCCUCAACGUCCCCAUCGCCGUGGGCUCAUCGAACCCCAAGGACUUCUCCAAGAAAAAGAGGGCAAACCGUACGGCGAAACUGAAGCAGAGCAAGCUUGAUGUCCGCCGUGAGCAGUGGCUUUCUCAAGUGAACAAAAAGGGUGGGUGCAAAGAGAGCACCAAUGGUGGAGGAGCUUCACACGAAGGGUCAUCAGUGAAUAUGCAGAACAAGAGGGGUGGACCAGUGGACAAGCUUGAGAUAAAGUCCCGAAACGAGGAUAUUUAUGAACCUUCAAUGCAUCACUACAGUGACACUGAGUCCCUGCCCUCUAACAGCCCAACCAGCCACACCAGUAGCUUGUUGGGAAGUAAUGAUUCUGGGGUCAAUUUCACCGCCAGUAGCAGAAGCAGUAGCAGCAGUGGCCGAAGUAGCAGCAGUAGCAGCAAUGGCCGAAGCUAUAGUGACGAUGAAGAUGGUGGGAAUCCUGGCGGUGAAGGAGAUGAUUGCCUUGAUGAUUGGGAGGCCGUGGCUGAUGCUUUGGAGGCAAAAGAUGACAAGAAUCAAGAUUGCAGUCUCAAUACCGGGCAUGAAACUGCUUCGGAGGUUGAUGGUUCGAGCACGGUUUCAAAGAGUGCAGGGAAGAAGGGAGCUAUGGUCAAUUGCUGUGCUUGGCGACCUGAUGAUGCUUGCCGUCCUCAGAAUUUGCCGAAUCUUUCAAAGCAAUAUAGCUUUCCCCUGAACUCAGAACGGCACUUAGGUCGGGGUUCGGUUUGGGGAUGUAAGAACCUUGGCCCGGUUCCGACUUCAUGCCCAAUAUGCUUUGAGGAUUUCGACUGUACAGAUUCGAGUUUUCUUCCUUGUCCCUGCGGGUUCAGGCUCUGUCUUUUCUGUCACAAGAGAAUUCUUGAAGAGGACGGGCGUUGCCCGGGCUGCAGGAAGAAGUAUGAGUGCGAACCUGUCGAGGGCAAAGCAACACUGGACGGAGGCAGCUUGACUUUUCGGUUGGCUCGUUCUUGUAGCAUGAUCACGAGGUCUUAA